AUGAUGCACUCAUUGCUGCUCAAGAAACUACUAAACAAGGUUGUCGUCAUUAAUCAAGACGAGUUUUUCAAGUCAGACGACCAAAUUCCUGUUGAUGAGACGACAGGAUUAGCAAAUUGGGAUGCACCUGGAGCAGUUGACUUUAAGAGCCUCAACAGAGCCAUCAACAAAGCAAGAGAGGACCCCUAUUCAUUUCUCCAAAAAAAGGACAAGCCGUUGCAGAACAACCACCAUGGAUCAGAUCUGCUAUCACUCAAGGAUUUCAGUGACAUGGCUGCCGAAUUAGACGCUCUCAAGGAUAUCAUAUUUGUCAUUGUGGAAGGCUUUCUCUUGUUUUGUGAUAAGCAAGUGUGCGACAACCUAGACAACAAGUUUUUUGUGAGGGCAUCAAAGCAGAUUCUGAAAACAAGACGAGAGAGCCGGAAAGGAUACGUUACAUUGCAGGGAUAUUGGGUGGAUCCUCCAGGCUAUUUUGACCGCAUUGUGUGGCCACAGUACAUUCGCUGGAACGAUCAUCUGCUGCAUGAUGAAACCAGAGAUCCAUCUAUUCAAGUACUAGACACAGAUGAUACCAGCUCCAAAGAUAUUACCAAUGCCGCCUUAGAGACGCUCUAUCAAAAAUACAAAGUGCAUUAA